AUGGAGUACAUGUCAGCUCUCCAGAAUGACAUCGAUGACUUCAAGCCGUCGCUCUUCGAACUCCUCUCUGAGCAGCAGCUCUCUGCUCUGCUUCCUCCUUCUCUCCGCUACCUCCUCGCCGUCGCAACCCACCGCCACCCACGCUACCUCCUCCGCAUCCUCAACUCCUUCGACGAAGUCUACGCCGUACUCUCCCUACUCAUAGAAAAAUACUAUCUGCAUACUUUCGGUGGCUCGUUCACAGAGCAUUUUUACUCUCUAAAGCGGGAGCGCGUUCUCGAAAUCAAAAAUGGCGAGGUACCGCGGGCGCAACUGGGCGCUGCUGGACCAGUGCGCGAAACACUUCAACUGCGCAACUCGGAUAUAUGGAGAAACCUGAUGGUGAUGGUUGGUUUGCCAUAUUUGAAACGAAAGCUGGAUGAAGGCUACGACAUCCAUGCCGCUCCGCAGGCGGCGUUGGCGAUGGGUGGUGGACCGAGAUAUAACCCAGCCGACGACCUGCCACAUAACCCAACAUUUCGACAGAGAUUUCUAUUCUAUUAUAAAUGGUUCCUGCGAAAUGUGUAUCCGUCGAUAAAUGCGGCGUAUUACUUUUCCAUCCUAGCCUUUAACCUCGCCUACCUCUUCGACAACACGAAAUAUCCUUCACCGUUUCUCUGGCUGAUUGGAACACGGAUCAGGCGUUUAGGCCCUGCGGACCACAAGGCGAUCGCGUUGGCAGCUAUGGCCAAACCGCCAACUACUUCUCGCUCACGCCCGGGGGCAAGCCGCCUAGGCAUGCUCAGUCCGCAGAAUCUCUACCCUCAUGUCCUAGGUUCUUUGAAAUUUUUUCUUCCAGCGUCUAUAUUUGCUCUUAAGUUUCUAGAAUGGUGGCAUGCAAGUGAUUUCUCGCGGCAGCUAGCCCGCAAAGCGACUGAAGCUCUCGAUCUUCCAGCGCCCGUUGUAUCAGGCUUGCCACCAGCUCCUCAGCCUAAAGUCACUCUCCCAUCUGCUUUAAAACAGCCUAGCCACGGUAAACUUACCGCUCUACCUACCCAGACAGCCCCUACCGCCCCUACCACUACAACCAAGCGUCGCCAACCUCCGAUUUCGUCAACGUCCUAUCUUCCCAUCUUUACCGUUCCUCUUCCACACUCAGACUCUUCUGAAGAUACACAGAACAUGUGCCCAAUUUGCCUCCACGCUCUAGUCAAUCCCACCGCAUGCCAAACCGGAUACGUCUUCUGCUACAGCUGCAUAUUCCGUUGGUUGAAUGGGGAACAUGAUCGACAGCUUGAUUUUAUAAAUGGCACCGGUGGCGAAUGGGACGAUGACUCGGAUGGUGACGGAGAGGCUAUCCAGGAACAGCCUGGCAGUGAAGCAGAUGAAGAGAAGAACGCGCAGACCGAGAUGCCUGCCAAGAGUAGAACUGGCAAAUGGGAGACUGGGAAAGGAAGAUGUCCGAUUACGGGAAGACGGGUCCUUGGUGGGACAGAGGGGUUGAGGCGGGUACUUAUAUAG